CUGCACUGCGAGAUGACAUUCUUUAAUGAAUUUUUCUUUUUUGGUGUACUAUUUCCCCCACUGGCAAUAAAUGCGGCAUUGGAGUUUAAACCUAUAGUUAAAAAUGGCAUUCUCCCGUCCACUAUUGUUUUUGGACUUCUAGGGUCAUUUUUUACAUUUUCUCUCACUGCUUUGAGUCUAUGGACUGUGCACGCAUGGGGUGCCAUGGGAAUGCAAGAAUACUCCAUUAAGCCUAUCGCAUUCAUCCUGUUCUCCAGCCUCAUUUGUUCGACAGAUCUUGCCAUCGUAUUCGGCCUGCUUGGAAAACUGAAAGUUCAUCCUUUUCUUUAUCUCAUCUUUGUUGGUGAGUCUCUAAUCAAUGACGGAGUUUCUCUAAGCUUAUUUACAAUGACAAAUAAUGCGGCGAGUUCGCACUUGACCUGUGUCGAAAAGUUGGGUGUACUGCCAUGGUUUAUGCUGAUGAUUCUAUCAUUUUCCUUGCAGUUAUGUAUAUCUGCCAUAGUUGGACUUCUCUUUGGCUUCAUGUCGAGCAUCGUUACAAGGUGGACUAGGCAUGAGACAACCUUAGAACCUGUAAUUGUAUUUUGUCUCUGCUAUACCGGCUACAUCAUUACUUAUAUUUACUCUUGGCCAAGCACCUUUUAUCUCAUCUUUUUUUGCAUAAUACUAUCCUCCUUUACAUUUCGCAAUGUGUCUCACAAAUCUGUUAUUACAAUUCGUCACUUUGCUCAAAUGACUAGUGCGAUUGCUGACUCGCUGAUCUUCCUUUACGUCGGUUUCUCAAUAGCAGCCCACGACCUUUCUUGGCAAACAGGGUUCAUUGCCUGGACAACAUUUUUUUGUAUCGUCUGGCGUUUCGUCUUCACUUUUAUGGCCUCAUACCUCACCAACUACUUCUUUUGGACUCGCCAAAAGAUAACUAUCGGAAUGAUGUUCUUCAUCUCUUAUGGUGGAUUCAAGGGGAGCGUGGCCCACGCACUAGUUGAAAUCGUUUCUCCUGAAACCGCCAAGGCUAUGGGCAUUCCAUUAUCGAUUCUUAGGUGCACAGUGGUUUUCAUCAACCUGUUCUAUGUGAUCUUUAUUGGACUGACUAUGGCACCGCUUCUGCGAAUCUAUAAGUUUCUUUCAUCAGGGACUGUUCGGCUGAGCCUCUUUGAAACUCUCAAUAAUCGAGUCAUCCUUUCGGCUUGUAAUGCGGUGGCAGAUGUGGUGGGGCAUCAGCACAGUACUCUUCAGUCGACGUUGGUCAGAUUUUACAAAAGGCACCUACGUCCAUUUCUUCUGCGUGCUCCAAAUGAGCACGACGAGAUCACCGACGUCUACGCGGACAUAGCGUUGGCUCUCCACUAUGCUAGCGUGGCUAAGGAUCGUCAUUCUGUGCACUUUCAUCUUCGCCGUCUACGUCCGCAGCUGAAGAAGGCUUUUUACUUUCAACAACGGCAGCAAGGCGUUCUCAAGCCCUUUCAUCAUGUGUCCUUACAUCACAUCGAUCUCAUCUCCGACCCCACCGAUAUGAGUAUUACAGGCCAGCUGGAUGGCCCUGCCCUACCCUUACAAUCACAACGGCGCCACUCCUACACUCGCCCUUUCGAGGUUUCAAAAGAUGUGCCUUCGUCCGAGGAUUUUGCGACGGGAGAGACUGAGAGAUCGGAGGAUGGAGGUGGUACGGAGGUCUUUUACGACGCUGAGUGUGAGGAGGCUCAAAACACCGAUGCAGUGUUACCCAAGGAGUUAAGUUCUAAGGAAAGUGUCAAGAGAAAGAAAAAUUCCUGCUGCGGAUGCGAUUUGAUCUUGGAGUCAUCAGAUUCUGAUACAACUUCUGCGGACGAAGGUGGAGGUGACGUCAGACCUUCCACUAAUGCUAGAAGCCGAGACGAAGAGGGCCUCUUCCGUCAACUCCUUUCUCGUCACAACCAACACACGUACGCCUUCGAUGAGAGUGCCUUCGCUGAACGCGUGCAGCAGUCUAUUCAGAGCAAGCAUCGUGCUCUUAAGUUUCAUUACAAUCAGAGGAUUUAG